AUGGGAAACACAUCGGGUCUCCUCGUCUGUCUCACAAUUCUCCGAGGAGCUCUUGGGGCGACCCUGAUUGCCUCGCACUAUAGCGGGCAACUCUACACACUGAACUUAUCGUCAACAAACCAACUCACUAUUGCGAGUACAGUCAGCUCUGGGAACCGCAUGCCAGCAUGGCUUGACUUUGACUCCGCGUCGAACAUUGUCUAUAUCCCGGAUGAAGUACAAUGGGGCCAGCCACUUCUGAAAAGCUUCUCUGUCGCAGGCGAUGGAAGUUUGAUAUCGAAGGCGCAAGUUCAGACAGCCGGAGGCGAGCUUCAUAGUACGCUCUAUGGAUCUGGCAAUGGCUACAUCGCAACAGCACAGUACGAUGCAUCGACAAUAUCUACCUAUGGACUCCCGUUGGGCGGUACAGGUCAACCCCUACAGAAACUGACAUUCAACAUGUCUCAACCAGGGCCAGUGCCAUCUCGACAGGAUAGACCUCACCCUCACUCUGUCUUCACAGAUCCCAGCGAAAAAUAUCUUCUUUCUGCGGACUUGGGAGCCGAUUUUAUCCGUGUCUUCAGCAUCGGAUCGUCAGGCAUUCUGACUCAAUGUCCCUCUUUCUCGACUGGACCCGGAGACGGACCUCGCCAUGGAGCGUUUAGAACACAAGGCAAUACGACAUUCCUGUUCACCGUCAAUGAGUUAUCCAACUCUGUGACGUCUUGGUCGGUUACCUACCCGGCAACCGGUUGCCUUGUUCUUGCGAAGAAGCAGACCCUGUCGACAUUUCCUCCCGGAAAGGCUGCGCCAGUUGGUUCGAAGGCAGCCGAAGUUCACAUCAGAGAUAACUUUGUGUACACCUCGAACAGGAAUGAUCAAUCUUUCGGAACACAACAAGAUUCCAUCACGGCCUACGCAAUCGACCCUUCGACAGGCCUGAUCACAUAUCUUGAGACAACAAGUGCUUAUUCAUUCUUCCCUCGAACCUUCGCAAUCAACAAUGCCGGAACUAUGGUGGCUAUCGGUGGACAGACAAGUGCCAACGUUGCGGUUGUGGAAAGAAACGCCACUUCGGGUAGACUGGGGAAGCUUCUUGCAACUCUCAAGGUCGGCAAUCCAGGGACUGUGAAUCAAGAGGAUGGACUCAGCGCUGUCAUCUGGAACGAGUGA